AUGAGAGAGUAUUUUGCUUACCAUGUUCAAGAUAGAGUGAAUCAUUUCUCUUUGAUUCUCAAUGCCCGAAGACUUUUGCAACAGUUCUUGGUUGACGUAUAUACGUUAAUUGAAAGUGAACGAUUACUAUGCAUACGUAUGCAGCAAAAAGAACUGAGAUCUGAGACAUAUGAUAACCUUAAAAAGCUUCAACAAAAUGGUAAUCCAGAUAUGUCAAAGGUUGGAACACGCGUACUACUACCGUCUUCGUUUACCGGUGGAUCGCGUUAUAUGAGGGAGAAUUAUUAUGAUGCGAUGGCCAUUUGCAAAUGUUUUGGCUACCCUGAUUUUUUCAUUACGAUCACUUGCAAUCCUAAAUGGCCGGAGAUUAAAAGAUUUCAAAAGGACACGAAGAUUAAUCCCGAGGAUAGGCCGGAUAUUUUAUGCCGAUUGUUCAAAAUUAAGCUUGACGCAAUCAUGAAAGACUUGCGAGAGAAAUCUUUAUUUGGCAAUGCAUCGGCAGAACCAAAUUGUCCGUGUAUGGUCGACGGUAAAUGUUCGAAGAAAUUUCCUAAGAAGUUCUGUGAUAAGACUUCUUUAGAUUCUAAUGGUUAUCCGGUAUAUAGAAGAGCCGAUUCAGGUGUUUUUAUUGAGAAAUCUGGUAUUCAGCUUGAUAACAGAAGCGUGGUUCCGUAUAGCAAAACCCUAUUGAGACGUUAUCAAGCACACAUUAACGUCGAAUGGUGUAACCAGGCUGCGUCUAUUAAGUAUUUGUUUAAAUACAUUAACAAAGGACCAGAUAGGGCUGAAUUUGGUUUUGUACCAAAUGGUGAUGAAGGUCAGCUUGAAGAUGGAAAAGAUGAAAUCAAAGAGUAUUACGAUUGUAGAUAUCUCUCGGCGUGCGAAGCUUCAUGGCGCAUAUUUGCGUUUGAUGUUCAUUAUCGUUAUCCAUCUGUAAUCAGGCUUCCGUUUCAUCUACCUGAUAAACAAAACGUUAUAUACGGCCCUGAUGACGAAGUUGAUAGUGUUCUAGAAAAACGUUCUGUUUCUUCUACGAUGUUUUUGGGGUGGAUGGAAAAGAACGAAAAAGAUCCGUUGGCGCGCACCCUUACUUACGUUGAGUUCCCAACUAAAUUUGUUUGGAAGAAGGAUGAAAGGAUAUGGGAUAAACACAUAAUAGGCAAAACCAUUGGUCGUAUUCAUUGUGUGAAUCCUUCUAUGGGCGAGGCAUACUUUUUAAGAAUUUUUCUUAAUAAGGUAGUAGGUCCUAAGUCUUUUGAAGACAUUCGUACUGUAAAUGGACAAGUCUUCCCAACAUUUAGAGAUGCGUGUUACGCUAGAGGCCUUUUAGACGACGACAAGGAGUAUAUAGAAGUUAUCAAAGAGGCGUACUACACAGGUUUGUCUCUUCCAGAAGAACAAAUAAGGAACCUAACGUUGUUGGAAAUUAAGCGUUACUUAUUACGUAACAACUCAAGUUUAAGUCGGUUUCCGUCCAUGCCUCAACCCGACAGUGAAUCAAUAUAUUCAGCAGACAACCGUUUAAUUGCUGAUGAGCUUAGGUACGAUGUAAGCGCUACUGCCAUUGAAUUUGAUAAUAAUUUAAGCAGCUUAACCGAUGAGCAGCGUUUAGUGUUUGAUGAGAUAAUUGAAGCAGUUAAUAGUAAUGUUGGUGGUUUGUUCUUCGUAUAUGGCUACGGAGGUACUGGUAAGACGUUUCUUUGGAAGACAUUAUCUGCAUCCAUUAGAUGUAAAGGCGAUAUUGUACUAAAUGUUGCAUCAAGUGGAAUCGCAUCUCUGUUGUUACCUGAUGACGUUGCUGAUUUACUGAAGAAAACGAAAUUGAUCAUUUGGGAUGAAGCACCGAUGAAUCAUAAACAUGCGUUUGAAGCACUUGACCGAACAAUGAAAGAUAUCUUCAAAUGUGAGAUGACAUUUGGUGGAAAAGUUAUGGUCUUCGGUGGUGACUUUAGACAAAUACUUCCAGUUGUACCAAAUGGCAGUAGGCGAGAUAUCGUUAAUGCUUCAAUCACGUCGUCGUAUAUUUGGAGUAGUUGCAAGGUCCUUACGUUAACCAAAAACAUGAGGUUAACUGUAGGAGCGAACGCAUCUGAUAUAGAGGAGAUUAAAGGUUUUGCGGAUUGGUUGCUUGACUUGGGCGAGGGAAAGAUCGGUGACAGUGAUGAUUGUGAGGUGGUUAUAGAUAUUCCUGAAGAUUUGUUAAUCAAGUGUUCCGAGGAUCCUAUGUCAGAUCUGAUCGAAUUUGUAUAUCCUUCACUUCUUCAACUGUACAAAGAUAAAGAUUAUUUUGCUGAAAGAGCUAUUCUGGCACCAACAAACGAGGUUGUUCAAGAAAUAAAUGAAAAAUUGCUUGAUUCGUUUCCUGGCGAUGAAGUGGAGUAUCUGAGUUCUGAUAGUAUUUGUCAAACCGAUCAAGGAAAGAAUGAAGCAAAUGCGAGACUAUAUUCUCCCGAUGUUCUAAAUGGUUUAAAAAUUUCUGGUCUGCCUAAUCAUCGAUUAGUCCUUAAAGUUGGUGUACCUGUAAUGUUGCUUCGUAAUAUCGAUCAACAAAAUGUUUUCUCUCAUGGUCAGCUUUAUGUUGCGUUAUCAAGAGUUAAAAGCAGAGGCGGUGUGAACUUGCUUAUACUAGACAAAGAUGGGAAUGUAACGAGUAAAACAACAAAUGUAGUCUACAAGGAAGUUUUUUCCGAAAUUUGA